AUGCUCUUUGCUACUGUAAUCAGCUGCCUCUCUUUUAUAGCAUGUUGCCAUGCCAGAGCGCUGGGUAGCUCGGCCGUAGCUGGGGUUGGCUCUACCGAGAAGCCUCUAGCCAAGCAUACGUCGUCCCCGAGCCUUACCAGCGUCUCGUCACCUCUCUGCCUCGGGACACCGGCUGUCGAUGUACAGGCUAUAUCUGAGGCUUCAGACGACCCGUCAUACUGGCUGGCAGAUAUCGCGCAUCAAGGAAUCGCGGCUUUCAACCCGAAUCCUUCCACCUACAAGGUGUUUCGCAAUGUGAUGGACUAUGGAGCCAAAGGUGAUGGUGUAACCGAUGACACUGCUGCUAUCAAUGCCGCUAUCAGUGACGGUGGUCGUUAUGGCCCAGCAAGCGGAGAGACCUCUACCACGACCCCUGCAAUCGUGUACUUUCCAGCAGGAACUUACCUGAUAUCGACCUCUAUCAUCGACUACUACUUUACACAGCUUAUUGGCAACCCAAACUCCAUUCCGGUGAUCAAAGCAACUGCAGGUUUCACAGGGCUGGGGUUGAUUGAUGGGGACCAGUACCAAAGCAGUGGCAACCAGGGCUGGACCUCGACAAACGUGUUCUACAGGCAGAUUCGAAACUUGAAGCUAGACUUGACGAACAUCCCAGCUAGCUUAGGCGCAACAGGUAUUCACUGGCCAACUGGGCAGGCCACGAGUAUUCAAAAUGUGGAAAUCGAGAUGAGCUCAGCUUCGGGGACACAGCACCAGGGCAUCUUCAUUGAAAAUGGCUCCGGUGGCUUUUUGACCGAUAUCACCAUCACUGGCGGUUUGUAUGGAGCCAAUAUUGGCAACCAGCAAUUUACCAUGCGCAAUUUGGUCAUCUCGGACGCUGUAACCUGCAUUUCCCAGAUCUGGGACUGGGGCUGGGCCUACCAGGGUCUCAAACUAUCAAACUGCACGACUGCUCUUUCAAUUAACAACGGCGGUGCCGGCAACCAGCUCGUUGGCUCAGUCACUGUCUUCGACAGCACCAUUCAGGAUUGCCCGACAUUUGUCACCACUGCUUGGGAGACCUCUACCUCUUCCAAUGGAAGCCUUAUCUUGGAGAACAUUGUUCUUGAAAAUGUCCCAGUCGCGGUGGAAGGCCCUAGUGGAACCGUUCUCGCUGGAGGCACAACAACCAUCAGUGCUUGGGGUCAGGGCCAUAAGUACACCCCGAACGGCCCUACCAAUUUCCAGGGUACUUUCACUGCACCGACACGCCCAAGCGCAUUGCUUGCUAGUGGAUCUUCCAACUAUUAUACUAAAUCAAAGCCCCAGUAUUCGGCCUCGCCAACAUCUUCUUUCGUCAGCAUCAGAAGUGCAGGUGCUACAGGAGAUGGCUCGACCGACGACACAUCUGCAAUCCAGUCUGCGCUGACUUCAGCGGCAUCAUCUGGCAAGAUUUUGUACUUUGACGCAGGAACUUACAAAGUUACUGACACUCUUUACUUCCCUCCGGGGUCUCGGAUCGUUGGUGAAUCAUAUCCCGUGAUAAUGGCCAGUGGAAGUGUCUGGUCAAGCAUCACCAACCCUGUUCCUGUUAUUCAGGUUGGCAAGUGCGGGGAUACUGGCUCAAUUGAAUGGUCUGAUAUGAUCAUUAGCACCGAGGGCUCCGCGCCAGGUGCCACCCUCAUCCAAUGGAAUCUGGCAGCGGAGGCUGGCUCAGGAAUGUGGGACGUUCAUACCCGAAUUGGAGGCUUCACUGGCUCGCAACAGCAGGUUGCUCAAUGCCCAACUUCGGCGGCCGUCUCGGCAGCCUGUGAGGUCGCUUACAUGUCCAUGCAUAUUACUAGCUCCGCGAGUGACGUCUACCUUGAGAAUGUCUGGUUGUGGACGGCAGAUCACGACCUCGACAGUGCGGACAGCACCCGGAUCUCUGUAUACUCUGGCCGUGGAAUGUUGGUAGAGGGGAAGAAUAUUUGGCUAUAUGGAACAGCGGUUGAGCACCAUUCACUAUACCAGUAUCAGUUCUCUGGAGCCAGCUCGAUUGUGGCAGGAUUCAUCCAGACUGAAACACCUUACUACCAGCCGAAUCCCAAUGCAGCCAACGGACCAUACCCAACCAAUUCCGCCCUCAAUGACCCCGACUACAGCAGCUGCCUCUCUGGUAACUGCGACGCACUUGGGCUGCGCGUUCUCAAUACCGAUGACAUCACUGUAUACGGCGCCGGUCUAUACAGCUUCUUCAACAACUAUAGUACUGAAUGCUCUACUUUCCCUACUCCGGAGAACUGCCAGAGUGAGAUCUUCAGUGUCGAGGGAACCACGAGUAACCUGGUGGUCUACACGCUAAGCACUGUUGGCACUACAAACAUGAUUGUCAAGGAUGGGACCUCGUUGGCAGUUGUCAGCGACAACCUGGCAACAUAUGCCGCGACCAUUGCAUAUUUCACCUUGUAA